GCUAUAUCGAGGCUGAAAUCACUUCCAACACAUAAUGGACACCCUGUCUGCGUCAUUUUUUCAACUAGGCGUCAAAAGUAAUCCCUGUGAGAUUACCUGCGCGCACCUGCGUGCUUACUUCAGCUGAACCUCGCCUUUGAGCAGCAUAAAUCACCCAGGGAUAUCAUGUUUACCUGCACAACUUUUCCCCUCCUUUAAACACCAAAAAUUUUAAAGGACCUAAAUCCCCACCUACACGUACUUGUCUGUGAAUAUAUAUUCUGGCAAGCUUUCCAAAAGCACUGUUAGAUAUCAGCUUCAAAGAUCAGGCCUCGACUCGUGGCCUUAAUUAGCAAUUCCCCAUCAAUUCUACUGCGAACUUGCUUCAUUUAAGAUCACGCAAGAAUUUAUAUUAUGGACAAGUUCAAACACGCAUUCAGAAGACGACGGCAGCCUCCAACUUCCUGCAGUAUAGAAAACAAUCAACUGGAACAGUCUCAAUGGUCUACCAAGGGAUCUCCUGCGCCAUUCUCUUUUCCAGACGGCGUUGAAGUUUUACAUGAAUGUCCUGAUGCCACGGUUGACAUAUUUUUUGUCCAUGGCUUGACUGGGAAUCGAGACAGCACUUGGACUGCUCAUGGGCAGUCCACGCCCUGACCGAAGACACUCCUUCCACCGGAAUUCAGCAGAGCUCGCAUACUCACUUAUGGAUACG